CUCCCUCCAUCAAACCUCCUCUGUACAAUAGUGGAGGCUACAAAUACAACAGUGGAGUACCAAACGACAGCUGCUCUUUUCAACACACAGUACAAUUAGCCCGCAAAAACAAAAAGACGGCCCAUCCCCAUUACUGCUACCAUUUAUUUGGAGCCAAACAAAACUCAAUCCAAUUGCCAAUUGCAAAUUGCAAAUUGCAGCAGAUGAGAGGAAAAAAAUGCGUCUGUUCCUGCACUCGAGUACAGCCCCCUUGCUUAUAUGUGUUCGUGUACAUGGCGGCCAACCACAACUAUUUUGCAUAUGAGGUAAUGUUUAAGCUUUUUUCAAAAAGUUAAAGUGGAAAGUAAAGAAAAAUACAGUACAAGUAGUCCUCCUCUUCCUUUCAGUGCUCCUACUUUAAACUUAUUAUUAUUAGUGCUACUCCCAAAUCCCAAUUUGUUGUAGACAGAUAUAGAAAAAAGUGAAGGGAAGAGAGAGAGAGGGGAUGGUGUCGGUGCAUUUAGUUACCACUAGUAUAUUAUAGCGGCAGGGGAGUAUAUUAGUGUAUUCUCUUCUUUUUAAGAAAACCAAAAAACCAACGUGGAAGCUUUACUCAAAUGACAAAUGAACCUUCUUAGUACCCAAGUAGUAGUAGUACUAAUCCGGCACUUGUAAUUUUUUCUACUUGUUCUGCUUGUUUCUUUUUUUUUUUUUUUUUUUGCCCUUUUGGUUGGUCCGAUAUCAAAAACCGAAGCCAAAAUCCCAGCCCUCCCCUUCAACUCUCCGCAUCUAUCUUAAUUUCUUUUGAUGGGUUUUCUUUUUCUCUCUAUAAUCUCUUCUUCGAGCUAGCUAUAGGUCUAUUCAGAUUAUAGAGAGAAAACAACACACGUAUAGAUAGAUAGAUAGAUAUAUAUUACCGCCUCCAUACUCCUAUUAUAGAAAAAAAGGGGGAUAAGAGAUGGAGGGAGGUGGAGGAAUUGGGGCCGGAGCAGGGAAGAAAAAAAGCGAGAGGUUAUACAAAGGAAUAAGGAUGAGGAAGUGGGGCAAAUGGGUGGCGGAGAUUAGAGAGCCUAACAAGAGGUCUAGGAUAUGGUUAGGCUCUUAUUCCACGCCCGUGGCUGCUGCCAGAGCCUAUGACACCGCCGUGUAUUAUCUGCGCGGGCCGACGGCGAGGCUCAACUUCCCGGAGCUCUUGGUGGGCGAUACUACUGCUGCUAAUGGUGGUGACCUGUCCGCUGCUGCUAUUCGCAAGAAAGCAAUAGAGGUGGGUUCGAGAGUUGAUGCUGUUCAAGUUCCAUCACCACCCAUGACCACCACGACCACGGCCGCAGCCACCACCACCGCCACCAUGACCAUGCAACACCGACUCAGCUGAAGCCCUGUUGGUUUCAAGAAAAGCCCGACUUGAAUGAGAAGCCCGAGCCCGAGGAUCCAGAUGUUGACUAUUGGUGAGUGGGCUCUACCUG